AUGCCAAUAAAUCCAAUUAUUGAAGUUAAACUGACGGUUGCUACUAGCAGACCUAACUUUUCAUUUUUUUUACUUAAUUUAUUAGAGGGAGAAUUUAUUUCUCAAAAAGUUCAAAUAAAAAGCAGAACUGAAUUUCAGACGCAUCACCAAACUGUAAAGAAUUCCCAUAGUGAAUUCGAAUUAGCUCAAAAAUUACUAGGUAAAAUAUUGGUCCGAAACGUUAAUGGUCAACUUAUCAAAGUUAAAAUUGUGGAAACCGAGGCUUAUGAUGGAAGAAUAGACCGAGCAUGCCAUGCUCAUCAGGAAAAUAGGUCGCGAGAGCCACAAGGGGUAUUAAUUCGGGCUGCUGAACCUCUUGACCAUCAUACUAUACCUGUUCCUUCUCAGCAUGACCAAGGAAAAAAAAUUCACUAUUAUACCAACGGUCCGGGUAAAUUAUGUCGGGCCUUAAACAUUGAUAUAAGUCUUAACCAUGUUGAUUUAACUGCUAGUGAUUUAAUUUACUUAGAAAGCCAACCAGAACUUAAUCCCGACCAAAUUAUUGCCACUACAAGGGUUAAUAUAGACUAUGCUGGAGAGGAUAAAAACCGAUUGUGA